CGCGCUCACUCUCGCGCCUGUCUCCGGCUCGCUCUCAGCGGCAGUACCAGCAGCGUCGGUGGAGCUGAAGCGGUGUUGGCCAUGAUCUCUCUGGAUCUGGGCUGGGACGUGCUCGGCGUGUACGUGGAGAACCAGGUCUCGGUGGGUCUGCAGGGCUCGAGCGUGGGGCUGGCGCUCGCGCUGGGCUUCGGGGCCGCCUACGCGUGCUACUACCUCACCUCCAUCGCCAAGAAGCCAAAGCUGAUAGCAGGAGGGAAGAAGUUUUAUGAAUUCCUGAGGGACCACUGCCCCGUGGUGACAGAGACAUAUUACCCCCCCUUCUGGUGCUGGGAGAGCCGAGUACAGACCCUCCUCCGGCCCUUCGUUACUGCCAAACCCUGGGUCUCCUACAGGAAUGAGCUGAUCAGGGCACCAGAUGGAGGCCAGAUUUCUCUGGACUGGUUUGAUAAUGAUUCCAGCACCUCCCACCCAGACCCAUCAAGCCGCCCCACCGUCCUGCUGCUGCCUGGCCUGACCGGAACCAGCCGAGAGUCCUACAUCCUGCACAUGGUCCAGCAGAGCCGCGAGCUGGGAUACAGAUGUGUGGUGUUCAACAACAGAGGCGUGUCUGGUGAGAAGCUGCUGACUCCACGGACGUACUGUGCAGCUAACACGGAGGAUUUGGAGAUGGUGAUUGAACAUGUGCAGAAGACUCAUCCUGCUGCCCCGAUCAUGGCUGCUGGUGUUUCUAUGGGAGGGAUGAUGCUGGCUAACUAUCUGGGCCGUAAGGGUCGCCGGACGUGUCUGAAGGGCGUGGUGGUGUUCUCAGCCGGCUGGGAUGUUUUCGAGUGCACGGCCUCUUUGGAGAAACCCCUCGACCGUUUCCUCUUCAACUCCUACCUCACCAGCUGCCUGCAAGCCUCCGUUCACCGACAUCGGCCUGUUCUCGAAAAAAAUUACGACAUAGACCAUGUGAUGAAGGCCAAAACCAUCCGAGAGUUUGACGAACGCUUCACGUCAAUUAUGUUCGGUUAUCCAACCAAUGACGAUUAUUACCGCGACGCCAGCCCCAUCCACAAGCUGAAGUCCGUCCAGGUGCCAAUGCUGUGCCUCAAUGCAGCCGAUGAUGUCUUUUCACCCAAUCACGCCAUUCCUAUUGAAGCUGUGAAGCAAAACCCCAACCUGGCGCUCGUCAUCACCUGCCAUGGGGGACAUAUCGGGUUCCUGGAGGGCCUGUGGCCACGUCAGAGCACCUACAUGGACAGAGUGUUCCGGCAGUUCGCUAAAGCCGUGAUCGAACAGGGCAGCAGGCUGACCGACCUGCAGUGACCAGACGUCCUGUACAGCGCCCUCUACAGCCAUGAGCAAAAAAUACCCAUAAACCCACCAUACAUUUUCUAAACCACACCUGUCUGAACGGCACAUACGGUUUUCAUUCAUCCGUCUGUUUCAUCCAACUACCUUUUAAUCUGUCACCCAACCAUCCAUAUCAUUCGUUUCAAAUUUUGGUUUGGCUGACCUUGCGCUGUCUGUCCAGAUCCAUACGCGCAUCCCUUCUUCUUCAGGCAGUGUUUUUUUAUUUGUUUGUUUAUCUGUUUUAUUUGUUGGUUUACUGGUAUGACUUUUUGUAUGAGAUAUUUUCAACAUACUGUAUAUUAGGUCUGCUAUUCCUUGAGGAUUUUGACCAACAUUCAUUUUGGGAUAAAACAAAAAAUUAUUAGACGUGACACAGAAAAAACCCAAAGUUAGUGCCGUAGUGGCCUGAGGUUCAUAAACUUGAACAAACUUGUUCCUUUGGAAGUCUACAGUGGCCUCAAAACUGACUUUAAUGGAGAGUUCACCACGUUCCCAAUAAUUCACAAAGACAUUGGGCAGAACCCACAGGUGAGGAGCCUGAACGAUUUCAAUUUUAAAAUUUUGACUUUGAAGACCAAGGAAUUGUUGAGUCAUUCCAGCUAAAACAAUUUGUCCACAAGUUAUAGUGAUUUUUGGUCUGGGGUUUGACCGUAAAAUGUUAGUCUGUAACACCAGUCUGAAGCUAUAUUGCCACACUGGCUCAAGAUUCAGAAAUUUGAACAAAAUCUUCAAAUGAAAGUCUACAGUUGCCCCAAACUUGACUUGAAUGUAAUAUGGAAUUGCUAAAUCUUAGGGUUUAGGAGUUUUCAGAGCUGUUCUUUCUAAAACAAAGUUACAGUGAUUAUCGAUCGAUUAUUUGAUUGCUAAAAUGUUAAUCCGAAACAUCUGCCUGAAGCCAUACUGCCCUGGUGGCUCAAGAUUCAGGAAUUUGAACAAAAUCUUCAAGUGGAAGUCUACAGUUGCCGUGACACUCUGUCAUGAAUGGAGCAUGGGACUGCUGGAUCUCAGGAUUUUCUGAGUUUUCAGAGCUUUUGUUCUCGCUAAAACAAAGGUUGAGUGAUUAUCGUUCUGGGCUUUGAUUGAUAAAAUGGUAAUCUGAAGCCAUAUUGCUCUGGUGGUGUAAGAUUCAUAAAUUUGAACAAAAUAUUACUUUAAAAGUCCAGUUGCUCCAAAAUCCAGACUUGAAGUUUCACCGAGUUUCCAACAUUUUGCAGAGACACUGAUGCAAACCCAAUAAUUGGGUUUUAAAAGUUUCUCUUGACUUUCAUUGCCAUUAUUUUUUUCUCUUAACAAGAGAAAGCAGAACAUCUAGUUGGGGCAUUGUUGUUACUUCAAAGUAGCUGGUACUUAAAAUAGCCUGAUAGUUACACUGAUCAUUAAUUGGGGCUUUAACUGUUAAAAUAUCUCAGAUAUCUGCCUGAAAGCCAUGUUGCUGUAGUGGAUUGAGAGAAAACGAUUUGUACACAAUGUUCCUCUGAAAGUCUACAGUUGCUCCAGAACUCUUCAGUGACCGUUUAACAGCGGGAUCACUACACAUCCUCACGUUCUGAGGGUUUUGGGGGUAACUGAGGAACUUUAGUUCUACUCUUUAACAUACAGCACUAGACGAAUGUAAUUCUAUAACAGAGUUGAUCAGACUCGAAGAGUCAGUCUGUGGUUAAGUGAAUUAGCAGUAAAGCGCAUACAGAGAUUUAGUUUUUUAUGAAUGCUCAGAGCAUUAAACUGCUACUGUGGUGCAACACUGGUUUAUAUGAAGUAUAUACAGUACGGUACCAGUCAAAAGUUUGGACACAGCUCAUUGAAUAUAUAUUAUCUAUAACCAUAAAUGUGUUUGGAAGGCUAAUGUGCGCAUUUUAAUUCUUAAAAAAAACCAUUUAACCCCUCACAUCCCCACAUAGCAGAUCGUUUUGGGCCAAUUCUGGCUUUUCGAGAUGAGUGUUGGAUGACUCCCGGGCAUGUGGGCCAGAAUAGGGCCAGUUGCCGGACAGCGGCAUAGGGUUUUGCCUGGUGUCUAUAUUUAUUGGUCAAUUCUGCCGUGAAUGUUGUGGACCAACAGUGUAGUUGGGCGAGAUUUGGGCCACAUCCGUAAAUGUCACUCACUUUGCAGCAUGUGCGCCAGAUCUGGGCCCGAGGACCCAGCCCCAUAUUCGGUCAGAACAAACCCAAGGAGGUGUCCCCAAAUGGGCCAGACAGGUUCUGCAAACUGGGUCUCAUCCAACAAGUAGGUUUAAAAGCCAACAAAACGUGAGCAUCUUCAGGCCUGUUGUAGUUCUGUCUAAAAUAAAUGGAUGGAAAGAUACUGUCUGACCAUUCGCUUAGCUAGCGUAGCAGUAGGAAGCUAACGAACGAGAGGAAUAACAGCUAGCUAGGCUUUUGUGAUGUGAUCUUGAAUGAGUGGCAUGAAAAUACUACGUCUGAACAUUAGCUAGACCAGCUGUAACAUUAGCUAAAUUACCAAUAGCAUGGUAGAAAUAAUAGCUGUUGGCUGCGUAAUUAUGAGCGAGUCAACCAUGAAAAGAUACUGUGUAAGCGAUAGCUAGGCUAGCAGAGCGUUAGCAGAGUUCCCAAUAGCAUGAUAGGAUUGGUGUAUAGCUAGCAAAAGCAUGAAAGACAUAAUAGCAAGCUGGGUUUUUGUCAUGUAAUCAUGGACGAGUCCCUUAAAAAAAGCACUGUUCAAACAGUCCAGCUCUAACUUUACAUUACCAAUAGCAUGAUAUCAAAAGCAGAUCCUUUGUCCUGACGUAAUCUUGGAGGAGUAUCAUGAACUGACUCUCUCGGAACAUCAGUAAGGCGCUAACGCCGCCUUCAGGACCACCUCAGACGUUCCUACAUACGACGUUGGAGGUUGGAAGUACAACCGGAUUCAUGUUUUGGCUGGAAACGAGACAGAUGAGCUUAAAAUGAUGUUUUUGGUUGUUUUUCUGUCUAAAGUGUCCUUUUAUUUGCAUUACUGCAAAAUCUGUAUCCAGCUGGAAGCAUCACAUAACACGUUCACGUCUUUAUUUUAGCGCAUGGAUGGUUUUGGCCGGCAGUUUUCAUGCGUGGUAACAGAAAUGUAACCAGUCUAAUCCGCGGCUAUCUUUGCUUUUUUUGUUGACAAGCCCUGAACUCUGAAGGGAAACUGGGCUCAUUGAGAAAUUCGAGUUUAAACAUCGUGGUGGCGUUCAUGCGCACUGACCUCGUACCCGCAACGUUUCCGACACAACUUGAAGGUAGCAUAGCAUUAGCUAAGCUGCUAAUAGCAUAGAGGAAACAGUAGCUAGCUAGCCCAGACAGCAAGCGUAAGGUCGGCGCCUCAAUUACCCAGAUUACUGUCCUGCAUGCAAGCUCUACCUAGUUUUUAAUCUCCUCAAACUGAUUUUAAAUGCACACAGAUUAUUUUCUAAAAUAGAAGUCUAAGGCAAAAGUCGGAAACAACUAAGGAAACAUUAGACCAGGCCUGAUAUAAAAUGAGUUCAUAGAAAAUGUUUUUGCUGACACAAAAACUGGAUUAAAAUGAUUUCCUAAACUAAUUUACAAAGCAAGUUACAAAGUGGACGGUGAGUGGAAAUGAGGGAUGGUAAGUGGAAUUUUGUCUAGCACUCUGCUUAAACACCAUUAGGCCACCAAAAAAAUGGUGAGCAAAACACCAGUGGACCUCCAGCUUUGCCAUCAGUGGUCCACUGUGCUCUUGCGAUCAGGGUAGGCUGUUCUCUGACCCUGGCUGAGGAAACAGCUGAAAGACACUGUAUUUUUAUAUUUAUUUCGAGACAUUAGCUAGAAGAACAAAACAGAGGCCUACUAAGCAUUGCGAGCCAACGCUGCUUCAUGAAGGCAGCGAUUUUUCUUAAUAGCACGACUUCAUCUUUUCCAGGGGAAAGCUGGUGAAAAGACGUUAUUCUUGCGUACAAUCAAAAACGAUCAGAAGAACACGUGAUAAAAUCAUUGUUGCUACAUCGUUGCCUGAAUCCAUGUGUUAUUUCACUGUUUUGAUGCUUUCAGUCGUUUUAAAAAGUGAGAAAUAGUGAAAGGAAAAUGAGCCUGUCCAAACUCUUGACCGAUACUGUACAGUGAGAUUGUGUGGUCAGUGUGAGUAGAGUUACUAUUACAUUUCAGAAAAGCUUGUUUAUCUAUUUGUAUUUCAUCAUUGUCCAUCAUCAUUACCCCCCCCAACAUCUGUAGGUCCGUAGCCCUCAGGGACAUCGUAUCAGCAUCGCAGUCUUCAUGUGGCUGUUUUAUUGCGUCCAUCAGCAGCUCCUGUCCUAUGGAACAUGACCUUGACCUUUUUUUAAAGAAGAAAAGUGAAAAGAUUGUAUGUAACUAAAAGAUCUGCAUGCACGUUUUUCUCGUCCUUCAUUCUUGCAGUGAAAAAGCUGGCUUUCUUAAAAAAAAUGUACAGUAGAUAAUAUAAAAAUAUUGACAAGGAAUGUGAUUUUGCACUAAUUUUAGUUGAUGCACCUCGGAGUCGCUACUUUGGCAGACAAAAAAAAGACUGUCCUCCCGGCUGCUGUACAAAUAGACUUGCUUCACUUUUACAUUUAGUGCAGCGAAAUCAAGGCGACUUCUUUCCUCCUGCUAACAUGAUGCUACCAUGAUAAUCUAUCAAAAACUGAAAAACUUAAAAAAAAAAAAAAAGUUUUAGGUUGGCGCUCAAAAGUUUGGGGACACUAACUUCUCAAAAUACCAAUGAAAACACACCGAACGGCAUGAAGCUCAGUGUGAAAUGUUCCUAACAAUUAUUGCCAUCUUGAGUUAUCUUGAGACGAAAAGUUAUGUAUCUUGUUAUCUUAACAUAAAAUUAUUUUGAAAUAACGAGUUACUUAUGUUGUAACCUCAAGAUAAUAACAAUGUUAUGUUGAAAUAACAAGUUACUUAUUUCAAGAUAGCAGAUCAAGAUCUCUCGAUAACAAAGGUUAUGUUGACAUAUCGAGUUGCGUUUUGUUAUACCAACAUAACAAAAUUGCUAUCGUGAAAUGACAAGUUAUCUUGAGAUAACAACUUAUUUUUCUUGUUCUCUCAACAAAAUUAUCAUGAAAUAAGUUAUGUAUCUUGUUAUCUUGAGAUAACAAAAAUUGUCUUGAUAUAAUGAGUUAUUUAUCAUUAUCUCAACAUAAAAUGAUCUUGAAAUAACCUUGAUCUUGUUAUCUCAAGAUAAUAACAUUGUUUUCUUAAAGUUAACAAAAAUUGUUAUUUUGAAUUAUUUAUCUUAUCUCAACAUAAAAUUAUCUUUAAAUAACAAGUUGCUUAUCUUUUAUCUUGAAAUAACAAAAGUUGUUAUCUUGAUAUAACGAGUUGUUUAUCUUGUUCUCUCAACUUAACAAAAUUAUGACCUUGAAAUAACGAGUUACUUUUCUUGUUAUCUCAAGAUGACAGUCCAGAAAAUUAUAGCAACAGCUCAUGGCCUCUCUGGACUUCCAUAGUAAAUGAAACAUUAUUUGGAAAAUUCUGGAAGAAGCCGAGGUCCCCAGACCUUUGUCGAGCACCGUAGCCAGUAUUUUGUGCAGACAUCAUGUAUUGCAGAAUGCUGUGGGAAGGUCUGGUGUGAGUUGCUGCAUAGCGAACAACAGAAGCUGGUUUUGUGAGGAAACUCUUGCUGUACUUUGUGACGAAUCUUAGUGUUGUGUUGAUCUUUCGGUCUGUUCGGAUGGGAAAGCUGCUCAAUGAUAAGCGUGCGACUCGGCGCUUGAGGGACCAUGGCUGCACUCUCAAAAGCCCACGUGUUAAUUAACUACACCUUCGUUUGUAUUGACAGUUUUAAUGGGGACCAGUUCUUAAAGAAGAGAUUACCCCAGAUUGCGUACGCCGGUCGCCCUGCUGGACAAGCUUUACAGAACGUCGGCCAAAACCUGCACAACUUUUUCUUUGGUAAAGAAAAUCAUUCUGUGUAGAACCAUUGACACUCAAAAGACCUUGGGUUCUAUGCAUCGUGAAAGAGUUCUUCAGAUUGAUGGAGAAUGUACUGUAGAUGGUUCUAUGUAGAAAGCUUUUGAAAAGGUUUCUAUAUAGCACCAAAACGGGUUCAGGCUUGUAGCAAAAGAAGAUAGAACCGUCUACAGCACAUUCUCCAUCAAUCUGAAGAACACUUUCAUGAUGCGAAGAACCCUUUAAUCAUGCAAAGGGUUCUUUGAACCUUGAAGAACCUGUCCAGGUCCUAGUGACCUGUCCAGGGAGUUGCCUGUCUUCUGCCCAGUGAAUGCUGGGAAAGGCUCCAACACGACCAGAUUUUGGUCCAUUCAUCAAGAAAUGCUCACACAAUGUAAAGACCGGCUGCUGAGCUCACAUCAUGUAGAAAACUAAGAAAUGACAAAAAUGAAGUAACUUUUUAUUUAUUUAUUUUUUGGACAGUGACGUUUGGUUUUAAGUUGACCACAAAGUGUUUAUCUCUUAAAACUUCAGUUACUUGACCAAAACUGCGCCCACUCUGUACUAGUGUCACUUUUUACAAGACUAUAAAACAAAAUUUCAGAUUAAUAACACUGAAAAUUGACAAAUUUCUCAUUAAGCUGAAUAGAAGUUUUGCUGACGUUCUGUAAAGUUUGCCCAACCUAGCAACAGUAGCUAGGACAUAAGGAAUUAGUGGAUGGAGCCUGGAUGGUCAGUCAAAACACAGUCUAAGUGUUAAAUAAGAUAGUAACACGCUGGUUGUGUUAAAGUAAAAACAAGGUGCUGACGCUAGCGUGUAAUAGCGUGUUGUUGUUCAGCGCGUGGAUUUUGAGAGUGAACUCCCGCAGACUCCGCUCUGCUCUCUGCUUCUCAGCCUUUUAGGUUCUGUAGCACGUAUCACUGUUGUCUUGAGAAUCUGUGCUUCUAACAAUACUAACCACGACAUCCUGCGCAACAGCAUUACUCAUAGCACAACAAGAGACUUUUUCCAUGAAGCAGUAUUGGUCUGUCCUUUUAUAGGUUUAUAAAAGGAUUGUCUUCUUUAACAUGUGCAGCAAUAAGAUUUUAAUAUAAGAUUGUCUAUGUAGAUGAUGUUUAUGCACAUGUACUUGUAUGGACUAUAAGUGCAUCUGCUGUCUUAAGUAAAUUAUGGAAUUAAAACA